UAGACGCAACAGCGACAGAAAAUCCACGCAGACAUGAAUGAUCUGUAGUAGUAACUUCGCCUUCUGGACCCGAGCAUCGCCACGGUCACAUUUUAGAAAGAGGGGCAUACCGCCUCAGUAAGCGACCCCCACUCCCCACUCCCACUCCGCGGCUCUGCUGCUGUGUGUACCGAGAGUGGCGGCGCACAGACGAGCUCUGGUCCGCGCUGCUGUGCGCUUUUUGGACUGAUGUCUCUGGCUCUCAGGAAUUUAAAGUGUCUCUCGCCGGUCAUGUGCCAGUGUAAGGUCAUCUGCAGCAACCGGACCCUCUCUCUCAUGUUCGGGUGCAAGAAGUACAGGUACCAGGAUGAGGAGACGCCCCCCUUGGAGCACAGUCCAGCACAUCUGGCUCCAGGGAAAAGUGCCGAGAUGCUUCAUAUGAGUGACAAGAACCUCGCUGCCAUGGAGGCCAUACAUGGCUACACACCACACACACAUAUCUCUCCUGUCAAGCCUGUGUUGAUGUCUACGGGACACACUCCAAUGUACACCUCCGCUGUUUCCACACUGGGAAAUACUCCUCCAGUGGUGGUGAACACCGACACACUCGAUGGAUCCCCAUAUGUAAAUGGGACAGAAGGUGAAAUCGAGUAUGAGGAAAUCACACUGGAGAGAGGUAACUCGGGCCUGGGCUUCAGCAUUGCUGGGGGAACAGACAACCCCCAUGUGGGUGAUGACCCCAGCAUCUUCAUCACCAAAAUCAUACCUGGAGGAGCUGCUGCUCAGGACGGACGGCUGAGUGUGAACGACUGCAUCUUAUUUGUGAAUGAGGUUGAUGUGAGGGAGGUGACACACAGUCAAGCUGUGGAGGCUCUCAAGGAGGCAGGUGCUAUCGUCCGCCUCUAUGUUCUCCGCAGGAAACCCGCAGCUGAGAAAGUCACUGAAAUCAAACUCAUCAAAGGGCCUAAAGGAUUGGGUUUCAGCAUCGCCGGAGGGGUGGGAAACCAGCACAUACCAGGAGAUAACAGUAUCUAUGUCACCAAGAUCAUUGAAGGCGGGGCUGCUCAUAAAGAUGGCCGUCUGCAGAUCGGGGACAAGAUUUUAGCAGUGAACAACGUGUGUCUGGAGGACGUGAUGCACGAGGAUGCGGUGGGGGCUCUGAAGAACACAGCCGAGGUGGUGUACCUCAGGGUGGCCAAGCCCAACAACCUGUUCCUGACCAACUCCUAUAACCCUCCAGACCUCACCAGCACAUAUUCCCAUAUGGAUACUGAACUCAGCCACCCUAACUAUCUCGGCUCGGAUUACCCACAAGCGCUCACUCCCACCUCACCAAGUCGAUUUUCUCCGGUCCUGCAUGGCAUGAUGGGAGAUGAUGAUAUCCCCAGGUGGGCCAACAUCUGGGAGCCUCGCAGAGUUUUGAUCCACCGAGGCUCCACAGGUCUGGGAUUCAACAUUGUUGGAGGAGAAGACGGAGAGGGAAUAUUUAUCUCCUUCAUUCUGGCAGGAGGACCAGCGGACCUCAGUGGGGAGCUGCACAAGGGCGAUCAGAUCCUUAGUGUGAACGGCGUGGACCUGCGUAUGGCCACGCAUGAGCAGGCAGCUGCGGCUUUGAAGAACGCAGGACAGACAGUGACCAUCAUCGCUCAGUAUCGACCCGACGAGUACAGUCGUUUUGAGGCGAAGAUCCAUGACUUGAGAGAACAGUUGAUGAACAGCAGUAUGGGCUCUGGGACCACAACACUCAGGAGCAACCCAAAGAGAGGCUUCUAUAUCAGGGCUCUGUUUGACUAUGACAAGACCGCAGACUGCGGCUUCCUCAGUCAAGCACUGGGCUUCAGGUUUGGGGAUGUGCUGCACGUGUUGGACUGUGGAGAUGAGGAAUGGUGGCAGGCACGGAAAGUCAGUCCCCAGAAUGAGGCUGAAGAGGUCGGCUUCAUCCCCAGCAAGCACAGGGUGGAAAGAAAAGAGUGGUCUCGUGUUAACACCAAGGAGAGGGACCAUGGUCGAGACAGCUUGAGCACAAAAGGAAGAGAUAAAACAUUACAAAGUUAUGAGACGGUCACCCAAGUGGAAGUUCAUUACGCGAGGCCCAUCAUCAUUCUAGGUCCUGUGAAGGACAGAAUAAAUGACGACCUGUUGUCCGAGUUCCCUGAUAAGUUUGGAUCAUGUGUCCCACACACCACACGGCCAAAGCGGGAGUAUGAAGUGGAUGGACGGGACUAUCACUUUGUGUCAUCGCGGGAACAGAUGGAAAAGGACAUUCAGAGUCAUCGGUUCAUCGAGGCGGGCCAGUACAACAGUCACCUGUAUGGCACCAGUGUCCAGAGUGUCCGCGAGGUGGCUGAGCAGCAGGGGAAACACUGCAUCCUGGAUGUAUCGGCCAACGCUGUGCGCCGGCUACAAGCAGCUCAGCUUCAUCCCAUCGCCAUCUUUGUGCGACCCAAGUCACUGGAGAAUGUCCUAGAGAUCAACACUCGGCUGACAGAGGAGCAGGCCAGGAAAGGAAUGGACCGAGCCCUCAAACUAGAACAAGACUUCCUAGAGUGUUUUUCAGCUGUCGUGGAUGGGGACAGCUUUGAAGAGGUCUAUCACAAAGUAAAGACAGUGAUCGAGGAGCAAUCAGGGCCUUACAUCUGGAUCCCCACUCGAGAGAGGCUGUGAUGCUGCUGCCCCUGCCCGCUACCCCCCUCCAACCUCUCCUCCCC